AUGGCAGCCCCCACCCCGCCGAACGCUUCGGCGUCUGCGGGUCCCAUAUCCAUCCAGCUCAACGGUAACGUGAAUGGCGCCGCGCCAAAGGGCAAGGCCGCGCUCCCGUCGCGUCCAGCCGUGUCGUUUGCCAUCCCAGUCAUUGCGCUCGACGCGGCAAAGCCUGCCCCUCUGCCCCUCCCAAUAAGUUUAGACGCGCGUGCGCCAGAGCCCAAAAAGAGCGCUGGCACGAGCAGCGGAGCCCACGCACUCCCGCCGCGCCCCGGCUCGGCGUGGUCGCAUGCGGGGCCGUCGCGGGAUCCCGACCGCGAGCGCGACCGUGACCUCUCGCGUCCGCUUUCGCCGCGCAGUGAGCCGCGCGAAGCUGGACCUAGCAAGCUGGCGCCACGACCUCCGCCGCCGAGCGUGCGCCGUCGACCCGGUAUUGGAAACUUCCUCAUCCUCCAAGACCCGUUGAUCCACGGCAAGGGCAAGCCGCUCAUCAAGAGGUUUGACGGCGUGUUGGACGGCGUCGAGGCCAAGGUGCGCGACCCACGCCUCAAGGUGCCCAAGGAGGUGCGCGAGCGUGGCCGAGGGUACAUGAAGCAGCGGUCUGGGGGAAUGCAGGAGAUCACGUUUGAGUGGGACGAGAACUCUGCUGGACCAAAGCCGCCUCCCCCGCCUUGUGCCGUUCUCAUCACUGGCCUCAACCCCCUCACGACGGUCGACCAGAUCUCCAAAUUCCUCCGCCCACAUGGCAGGAUUAAGGAGAUCGACGCCAAGAUGGACACCAAGUCCGGCAUGCAGCUCGGUAUCUGCUGGGUCAAGUUUGAUGGCCCGGUUCAGGGGCGCACCGGCACGGCGCACGACGUCGCAGCGCAUGUCGUCAAGAUUUGCGACGGCCAGCGCGUCGGCUUAAGCGGCAACGAGCGCAUCAAGGUUGUGUUCGACGGGCGUGGCUUGCGGACUGAGAAGGCGGUCAAGGAGGAGAUGGACCGACGAUACAAGCCCAAGCCAAAGCCAGUCGUCCAGCCGCCAACUGGACCCAAGGCCGCACCGCCCGCGGCACCGCCUACUGGACCGAAGGAGCCCCCGAAGCCGGAGCCGCCGCGCUUUGGAGCUCGCCCGCCUCCGCCUCGUCCGCUGCCCAAGUUCGAGUUUGGCCGAAACUACGCAUCGCUCAGCCGCUCGUUACCGUCGAGAGCCUACCCGCCCAUGGCUCCUGGCGGCUCGUCUUACCGCCCCAUGCAGCCCAUGCAGGACUUCUCCCGCGACUUCCGCGCUCCGCCAUUACAACGGCGAGGUGAUCUCUACUCGCCGCAGACGAGCCGGUCGCGCUCCGUAUCGUCCUACUCGUCUGACAGCGACGACGACGAGCGGCCAGGAUUCCGCCGCCGUGGAUCAGGAACUCGCUCACCGUCGCCGACACGCCCAGCUCGCGGGCAAGCGCGCGCUGCCGUCGAUCGCAAGGAAGCCGAGGAGGCCGCGGUCGAGAAGGUCAAGACGGCGCUCGCAGACAAUGGCAAAGCCUAUGUCUUCAUCGACACCAAGUCGCUGCCGUACGGCCAGGCACGCGAAGAGCACGUCAAGGACCACUUCCGUGCGUUCAAGCCCGAGGCCGUGUUGCACAACCACGUCGGUUGGUAUGUCCUCUUCAGCGACGACCAGGCGGCGUACCGCGCACAGAGAGUGCUCGACAAGACUGCCGUCCAAGGGCACCGCGUUGGCCUGGUGGUGAAGACGCCUGCUGCAAAGGCCAACGGUGAGGCUGCGGUCGCUGUUGCGCCGGAAAAGGGUGGCUGGCGCUUCUUGACGAUUACGAAGAAGCGGCCGGCCGCUGCGCCGGCGCCAGCGCCGUCCAAGCCUCGCGUGCCGACCAGCCCCAAGCGCGACAUGCACGCCAAGUCGCGCCGACGCAGGUCGAUAUCGUACUCCUCCAGCGACAGCGAGGCGGAGCGGCCGGCUACGCACUCUGGCAAGAAGGUCAUUCAAGAAAGCGAGUCGGAAGACGAGGCUAUUGUGACUAAGCCUGGCAAGCUGGCUCCCGUCUCACCUGCCAAGGAGAAAGCGACUGCCAAGGCGGAGCCCAUGGCCGUCGACAAGACGGAGCCAGAGCCUCCUGCACCAAAAGGCAAGAAGCGGCCCUCCAAGGCGGCCGACAAGCCCACCAAGGCCAAGAAGGUCAAACUCGAGGAAGCGACAGUGUCGGUGGAUAUCACGCCCGAUGCUGCCGUGGCCGAAAUCAAGCUCCCCGUGGCGAAGCCCAAGGCCCCGAAGAAGCCGCCCAAGACGGCCGUCGACGACCUGGUCGCGUCUGGCGCGAUUGCCGACGACGAGGACGCGUACUGGUUGAGCCAGGCGCUCGCCGCAGGCGACGACGAACCAGAGCUGUCCGACGGCGAGCCCGAGCUUGACGAGGGGCACCCGCUCUUCCACACCGCCGGCGCGUGGCGCGCAGAGGGCUGGAAGAAGAUCGCGCCAAUUAGCAAGUCAGCCUACCUCCCUCAGCGAAACCGCGCGACGGCCGACGCCAAGCAGGAGGCACAGCAGGCGACGGGCCGCACAGCGCGUAUCACCUCGCGACGACAAGCGCAGGACAUGGAGGGCCACCGAAAGGCCGCUGGUGGUGCGGCCGGCGCAGGCGGGGCAGCUGCCACCGAGACCGACUUGUUCGCGUUCAACCAGCUCCGUUCGAGGAAGAAGCAGCUGCGAUUCGCGCGCUCCGCCAUCGAGGGAUACGGUCUGUACGCGAUGGAGACGAUCCAGGCCGGCGAAAUGGUGUGCGAGUACGUUGGCGAGCUGUGCCGCUCGUCGGUCGCCGAUAUCCGCGAGAUGCGGUACCUCAAGCAAGGCAUCGGCUCGUCGUACCUCUUCCGCAUCGACGGCGACGUGGUGUGCGACGCGACGUUCACAGGCUCUGUCUCGCGCCUCAUCAACCACUCGUGCGACCCCAGCGCGAACGCCAAGAUUAUCAGCAUCAACGGCCAGUCCAAGAUUGGCAUCUUUGCCAAGCGGACGCUGCACCCGGGCGAGGAGAUCCUGUACGACUACAAGUUCCCGCUCGAGUCGGACCCCGCGCUCCGCGUCGUCUGUUUGUGUGGUGCCGAGACGUGCCGCGGCUGGCUCAACUAG